CAAAAAAUACAGAACAAGCUUACAGCUAGAGCUAAGAGAGAAGUGCUCAGGAAGGCAGUAGCUGCCAGACAAGUUAUAAGAACAAAAUUGAUAUUCUACAGAAGGCAAUUUGGAAGGUGAACUGUGCACCUGGUGAUUGGGAUUGGAGACGGAUUAUUCCCCAGGAACGAGAUAACAAUGGAGGUGGAACGAGACAUAACAAAGGAGAUGGAACAAACAAAAAUACAUCAUAAGAAAAGGCAAGUGAUGAUUUUCAUCAUUUUGAUGCUUUUAUGGGAGGCAGGUUCAGAAUCGAUUCAGUAUUCUGUACUGGAGGAGACUGAAAGUGGCACACUUGUGGCCAACCUGACAAAGGACCUGGGACUCAGGAUGGGAGAGCUGGCUGUCCGGCGUGCCCGAGUUGUUUUUAAGGGGAAUAGACAGUAUUUGCAGUUUGACCCACUGACCUAUGAUUUACUGCUAAAUGAGAAGCUGGAUCGGGAGGAGCUGUGCGGCUCCACUGAGCCCUGCGUGCUACCUUUCCAAGUGUUACUGGAAAAUCCCUUGCAGUUUUUUCAGGCUGCCUUAGUGGUUAGAGAUAUAAAUGACCACGCCCCAGAGUUCCCCGCCAGAGAAAUGUUACUUAAAAUACCAGAAAUUACUACGCCAGGAAAGUUAUUUCCCUUGAAAAUGGCACAGGAUUUAGACGCUGGUAGCAAUAGCCUUCAAAGCUACAUAAUCAGCUCUAAUCCUCACUUUCACGUUCUCACUCGAAACCGCAAAGACGGCAGAAAGUCCCCAGAGAUGGUGCUGGACAAAGCGUUGGAUCGCGAGGAGCAGCCUGAGCUCCGGCUAACCCUCACGGCGCUGGAUGGCGGGUCUCCGCCCCGGUCUGGGACCACAGAGAUUCAUAUCCUGGUCUUGGACAUCAAUGAUAACGCUCCCGAGUUUGCUCAGGAAUUCUAUGAGGCUCAAGUCUCUGAAAAUAGCACCCUGGGUUCUCUAGUUAUCACCCUCUCAGCGACAGAUUUAGAUUCAGGAUCCUUUGGGGAGGUAUUUUAUGCCCUAUUUCAAGUCGAUGACGUUAACCAACCCUUCGAAAUAAACCCAAAUACAGGAGAAAUUCGACUGAGAAACACACUAGAUUUUGAGGAAAUUCAAUCAUAUCAUGUGGAUGUGGAGGCGACAGAUGGUGGGGGACUAUCAGAAAAAUGUUCCUUAGUCAUCAAGGUCCUAGAUGUGAAUGACAACGCUCCAGAAGUGACUGUGUCCUCACUAAUCAGCCCCAUCCCUGAAAACCUGCCAGAGAUCAUAGUAGCAGUUUUCAGCAUAUCAGAUGCAGAUUCUGGACAUAACCAACAGGUUAUUUGUUCUAUAGACGACUAUCUCCCCUUUUUUUCUAAGCCGUCCGUUGAGAAUUUCUACACCUUGGUAACAGAAGGAGCGCUGGACAGAGAGAGCAGAGCCGAAUACAACAUCACCAUCACUGUCACAGACAUGGGGACUCCCAGACUGAAAACGGAGCACAACAUUACAGUGCUGGUGUCCGACGUCAACGACAACGCCCCCGCCUUCACCCAGGCCUCCUACACCCUGCGGGUCCGCGAGAACAACAGCCCCGCCCUGCACAUCGGCACCGUCAGCGCCACAGACACAGACGCCGGCGCCAACGCCCAGGUCACCUACUCGCUGCUGCCGCCCGCCGACCCGCACGUGCCCCUGGCCUCCCUCGUGUCCAUCAACGCCGACAACGGCCACCUGUUCGCCCUGCGGUCCCUGGACUACGAGGCCCUGCGCGCCUUCGAGUUCCGCGUGGGCGCCGCCGACCGCGGCUCGCCGCCGCUGAGCAGCCAGGCGCUGGUGCGCGUGCUCGUGGAGGACGACAACGACAACGCGCCCUUCGUGCUGUACCCGCUGCAGAACACCUCGGCGCCCUGCACCGAGCUGCUGCCCAGGGCGGCCGAGCCGGGCUACCUGGUGACCAAGGUGGUGGCGGUGGACGGCGACGCGGGCCAGAACGCCUGGCUGUCGUACCAGCUGCUCAAGGCCACGGAGCCCGGGCUGUUCGGCGUGUGGGCGCACAACGGCGAGGUGCGCACGGCCAGGCCGCUGAGCGAGCGCGACGCGGCCAGGCACAGGCUGCUGGUGCUGGUCAAGGACAAUGGCGAGCCGCCGCUGUCGGCCAGCGUCACGCUGCACGUGCUGCUGGUGGACGGCUUCUCGCAGCCCCACCUGCCGCCCCCGGAAGCGGAAGCGGAGGCGGCGGCCGCGGCGCCGGCCGACCCGCUCACCGUCUACCUGGUGGUGGCCUUGGCGUCCGUGUCGUCGCUCUUCCUCUUCUCGGUGCUGGUGUUCGUGGCGGUGCGGCUGUGCGGGCGGGGCGGGGCUGCGCGGGCGGGUCGCUGCUCGGUGCCCGAGGGCCCCUUCCCGGGCCACCUGGUGGACGUCAGCGGCACCGGCACCCUGUCCCACAGCUACCAGUACGAGGUGUGUCUCCGGGGAGGUACUGGGACUAGCGAGUUCAAGUUUCUGAAGCCGAUUCUCCCCAACUUCUCUCCCCAGGCAACUGGGAAGGAAAUGGAAGAAAACUCCACCGUUCGGAAUAGUUUCCUAUUCAGUUAAGUAUCAGAUUAUUAUAUUAAGCACUACUUAAUAAAUUUGGAAAUCUCUUUUAAUUUAAAGCUACAUGUUAUUAAUGCAUAUCAUUGACAGUCCGUUUCUUGAUAUCUUACUUGUCUUCCAUAGGGUGAAAUUUUUAAAAAAUCAGAUAUUGGACAUACACAGUAUUUUCACUAUAUUAUCCUUAGUAG